CACAUUUCAAAUGGAAAGCGUUGCGCUCAGUCGCACGUCAACCUCUAUGCCAAUAGGGCUGGCGGAUUUCAUUGGGUCUUCGCUUCUCCGGUGGUCGACGCUUCGGGUCAAGUGCGCAGCGGAAAAUUGGUGCGGGAACAAGGAUAAACGCACCUUCGUGGUUAAUUAUAGGGAUUAUUGAUUGGCAACAUGGACUGCCGCACAUCGUUCCUGAAAGCCGUUCUUAUCGUUCUCAAUGUGCUGCUAUCGCUGAUUGGAGUGACGUUGAUUGCUCUGUCCGUGUACGAGCUGAACAGCUCCACGCCGGGCACCUUCGAGCACAUCGCCAUCGUUGUCCAGAUCUUCGUGGGCACCUUCGUGGUCCUGACCUCGUUUCUGGGCUGCUUUGCCACCGCUCGGGUUUCCCUGGGACUGGUUUGGAGCUAUGUGAUCUGCCUGCUGAUCCUGCUGUGCCUGCAGAUUUAUAUUAUCGCGGCAGCCCACUCCACGGACUACGUGGAGCGAUCCAAGAAGGAUUUCCUGGCCACCUGGGCUGAUCAAAGGACCAAUGUGGAGCGCAUAUCGCUCCUUGAGCAAAAGUACUCCUGCUGCGGCCAGUUGGGCGCCCAUGACUACAUCCUGAUGGGACGGGGUAUACCCUUGAGCUGCUACAAGGAUCAGGAGCGGCGCGAGUACAGCCUCUUCUCCGGGGGCUGCCUGCAGGCCGUGCAGGCGCAUGCCACGGACAACGUGGCCAUCGGACUCAUCAUCAAGUGGCUGCUGCUUCUGGUGGAGUUCGCCGCCCUGGGAGCCGCAACCCACUUGGGCAUCACGGUGCGCAAUAAAUUGCGGCGCGAAAGAUUCUAACAGGUCGCUUGGAAUCAUCGAAAUCGGGUGUUGGCAACGCAUAAUCCGAUAUCUAUGGAUUUUUAUAGCAGUUUAAGAUGAUCUGGAGGCAACAGAAGCGUAGAAUAAAAAAUAAACCAAAAUCAUAAUAUUCAAUAAGUGUUGUUUGUGCCCACUAUAUGCGGAAUUUCGGCGGGCCUGCUAAGUAGAUGUAUGUUGCCUAUAAAGAUGCGUAUAAAAAUAUACGAAAACAUUGGGUGCACUCAAAGAAUAUCUUCUACAUAUGAAAAGAAUUCCGUUUUAAAAGAAAAAUAACUAUAAUAGGCUCUAGGCAUUCGAUUUUUCGACUAUGAGAUACCCCUUCCACAGCUAAUGGGAGUACGAGGAGAUAUGCUAUACGACAGUAACAUAUAUAUACUGAUAAUUUCACCCGAUCUGCUAGAAGAUUCUUGACCUGUUGUUAAGUUAAGUUACCCAUUUCUAUUGAAAUAAAAAUAUCUA